AUGGUUAUGAAGCAACGUUUAAAACUUGAUCCAAAACUGUUUUUAGCUAAAAUAAAGGGAAAUCGUAAGAAAAUUUUUAGUAUGGUGGAAAAAUUAGCGGAACACUCCGUUUUAUUCAAACAACAUGCCAAAGAAUUUUCCAAUAUAGCAAAAAAUCUUAUCUCUGCUAUGAAAUCUACAGAUGAUCAUACAGUUUAUCUAAAUUCCAUAGUGGAAACAGAACUCAUUAUUUUCUCGUUGAAUGUCAUGUUAAAAUCAUCAGGAGCUCGUCAUAUUUUAGUUGAAAAGGAAUUGUUUGCCUUAUUGAGUGAAUUAGAUCAAUCACUUAACAGUAUUUCACCUCCAUUUAAUGAUGCAACUUUGAGAGAACUGUCAAUACAGCACCAAAAUCGAGACCAGCAUAAUUCGAUUGAACAAGAUCCGGGUCCAGUGAGAAUUUCAAAUGACAAUAAUGAUAUUAAAUCAAGUGUAACUAAUCCUAAUGAAGAAAAUUGUCAAAUACUAUCUUGUGUUAAUAAUAAUAAUAAUGUUAUUAAAGCUGAUUGCAGCUCCUCUACUGAGCAGCCAAAACGCAAAUCUUUAAAACGUGUGAGAAAGCUUAGUAGUAAUGAUGAGGAGUGUUUGACUUGUAAAUAA